CGAACCACCUAACAAUCGCUGAAAUCGAUGAAAUCAGCUCUCAUCAGUGGGAAAUAAGGAAGAACUCAAAACCCCAAUAUAAUUCGAAGUUUUAAUUCGGUUUGAUGUUUGUAGAAUCAAAUUUGUGAUUAAAAUCUCUUGUGCCCAGAUCUUUGCAAGGCUAAAUUUCUGCAACAUUGAGGUCCGAAGCUCGUUAUGGUUUACCACUCUAGUUUUGUUGAUGAGGAAGGCGUAACAAAAGCUUGUGGUUGUCCACUACUUGCGUUGAAAAGCCAUAUCAAGGGUCCUGCACCAAUUUCUGAUCAAGAAAGUACUGAUAUCGUUGAUGAAGCAAUUACCUUUUUCCGCGCUAAUGUCUUCUUCAGGAAUUUUGACAUAAAGAGCUCUGCUGACAAGCUACUUAUCUACUUGACUUACUAUAUCAAUGUUGCUUUGAAGAGGCUUGAGGGAUGCAGAACAUUGGCUGAAGGUACCAAGGCAAUCAUAAACUUGGGUCUUGAGGAUGUUCCAGUCCCUGGAGAGUCUGGGUUUCCUUUCCCUGGUUUAUUUACGCCUCCUAAAUCGCAGCAGGAAGCACUGUUAUUCAGAAAUUACCUGAAGCAGAUAAGAGAAGAGACGAGUGGGAGACUACUGGGUGUUGCUUAUCGACAUAAUGGGACACCAAACAAAUGGUGGUUGGCAUUUGCUAAGAGGAAAUUCGUGAACAUCAUCGCACUUUGAUCAGCUGCUUGCUCGAAUUGUCUGAAAGAAAGAAGAAUGAGGGCAGCAUCCAGUUGCAACAAGAAGAUGUGACAUAUGUCCUGGUACGAUGAAAAGAACGUAGAAGAAAUUCAUUGUAUGUGUUUGCCUCACGUGCCCAUAGAGCUCCCUCGUCCAUUAUUUCCUAUAAUUCCUUGGACUUUCUUUUAAGUAGGCAAUCAAAUUGCUGAUUAGCUGAUUAGUGUCUAGUAGGAAUCUACUAAUCAUAGUACAGUAACCUGUUCAACAUAUGAUAUUUUAGUGUAAAUGUUACAAAAAAAAUCCGAAGUUGAAGAAAUUAAUAUCAUUACUUAUUCUGGUCAUGGUGUUAUAUGUUAAACAUGCUGUAUUGUAGUUUACUAUAGCAUUAUAAAAUUUCGACAUAUUUCAGAAUAGAUAAAAUUAUAAAAUGGUGUAAUCUGCUAAAGAUUUUUGUGUUGUCGUGUAUGUACUACAAGUAAUUUAUAAUGCUAAAACUAUUAUGAAAAUUCUAUAGUAGUUUAAAAUGACUACCGUUAUACUAAUUU